GAAAAUCAUCAUAGCCUUUUAUUUUUUAUUCUCUGCCCAAGUUUUCCUUCACUGAGGAAGGAGGCACCACAUUAACAAUAACAUGGCUAGUUUGGUUGCUAUUCAACACAAACAGCCUUCUUUCUCUGUCCUCCCUUCUUCCCAUUCUGACUUCAAUGGUGCCAGAUUAGUCUCCUCAGUUCAGUAUAAGAGGAAACCAUGCCAGCCAAAAGGAGCAUUGCGUGUUACAGCAUCAAGUGCCAAGAAGAUCCUUAUAAUGGGAGGCACUCGAUUUAUUGGUGUCUUUCUAUCUAGACUUCUUGUAAAAGAAGGUCACCAGGUUACUUUGUUCACAAGAGGAAAAGCUCCAAUCUCUCAACAAUUACCAGGUGAAUCAGAACAGGAUUAUGCUGAUUUUUCCUCCAAGUUAUUACACUUGAAGGGCGACAGAAUGGAUUUCGAUUUUGUGAAGAGUAGUCUUUCUGCAGAGGGCUUUGAUGUUGUGUAUGACAUAAAUGGACGUGAAGCAGCCGAAGUGGCACCAAUAUUGGAUGCAUUACCUAAUCUAGAACAGUACAUAUACUGCUCUUCAGCUGGUGUAUACCUCAAGACUGAUUAUCUACCACAUUUUGAGGCUGAUGCAGGUGACCCGAAGAGCAGGCAUAAAGGAAAGCUUGAGACGGAGAGCUUGUUAGUAUCACGAGAUGUUAAUUGGACUUCUCUGAGGCCUGUUUAUAUUUAUGGGCCACUUAACUAUAAUCCAGUUGAAGAGUGGUUCUUCCACAGAUUGAAAGCUGGUCGCCCAAUUCCAGUUCCCAACUCAGGGCUGCAAACAACUCAACUUGGACAUGUGAAGGAUCUUGCAAAGGCUUUUGUUCAGGUUCUUGGAAAUGAGAAAGCAAGCAAGGAAGUAUUUAACAUAUCAGGAGAGAAAUAUGUCACUUUUGAUGGAUUAGCUAGGGCUUGCGCCAAGGCUGGUGGUUUCCCUGAACCCGAGAUUGUUCAUUACAACCCUAAGGAGUUCGAUUUUGGCAAAAAGAAAGCAUUCCCAUUCCGUGACCAGCAUUUCUUUACAUCGAUUGAAAAGGCAAAGGCUCUGCUAGGAUGGAAACCAGAAUUUGACCUGGUGGAAGGUCUUACAGACUCUUACAACCUAGAUUUCGGUAGGGGAACUUUCAGGAAAGCAGCUGAUUUCUCUACAGAUGAUCUCAUUCUUGAAAAGAAACUAGUUCCCCAGAGCUAAGAUUUUGUUUUUCAUUUUUGAAAUUUGGUUUCUUGCUUUUCCUCCAAAAAGUUCACAAGUAUUAGUGACCAAAUUCACUCUGAAGCUAUUUGAGGUUUUGCUUGUAUAUUAACUUCAGUGAGAUGAAAUGAAUAAGAAGUAUUGUCAUUUUGCCUUCAA